GACACGCUGUCGGAGAUUGAAAUUCAUCUUGUACUGAGGCUGACACCAUUCAACACCGUACGAUGGCAUCACUCCACUUUUGCUCAGAGUGCAAUAACUUGCUUUACCCAAAGGCUGACACUGGGCGUCGCAUUAUGGUUUACGCUUGUCGGAUAUGUAGCGAAGAGGAGAUCGGCGAGAACAAGUGUGUAUAUAGGAAUGAUUUAUUGACGGUCACCAAGGAACAAGUGGGAAUUACUACCGACCUCGGAUCGGAUCCUACAUUGGCGCACUCAAAUAUUACAUGUCCGCAUUGUGGCCAAGACGACGCCGUUUUCUACCAGGAUCAGUCAAAACGGAAGGAAACCCGCAUGAUUCUGUUCUUUGUGUGUACCAAGUGCAACCACAGUUUCACGGAUCCUUCACUACCGCAAGAUAAUCGACCUGACACCUCCUGACAUUGGCAGCUAAAUCAUUAUCAGCUGCACACAUUCCGCACAAUCCGUAAUUUACUUCUCUUCGUAAUCGGUUCCUUCCCAUCAUUAUGCAUUGUGACG